AUGGAAGUUGACGGAGCGGACGACGAUGGAGGCGGUUGCUAUGAUGACUUCGAUACGGCAGCGAGCAUGCAUCUACCAGUCCCUGAGCAAGAAGUCCAACGUCCUUCGCGAGCAGAGCAACGACGAGUUGAAAAGAAGCCCUGGGAAGAGGCUGACGACGAUGAAGAUGACCCCACGGAGAAGUUUGUGAUGGAUCCUUUUGUGAAUUCUAAGUGGAAGACAAAACCUGUGGAGAAGGCGACAAUGACGUUACAGAAGCAAACCAUGCAGACUAACGAUUACGUCAGAGAACAUUUCUAUAUGCGCAAAAAACACAAAGCCACCGAUAAGGCCGAUGAUUGGCAAUCAGAUGCUCUAUAUCGGUUUAUCAUUGCUGUUAUGAAGAGAAGGGCAGAGGCAAAGCGGGAACGGAAAGCGAGGGCGAAGCGCUUACCGGAAGCUGUCUAUGAUGAAGAAGAUGACGCUGCCGAUGCGUGUGAUGACGAUGACAUUGAACAAGAGAUUGAACAGGAAAACAAAGAGAAUAUCCCGCCGAAAGAUGCUGUACAAAGUCAAAAAAGUGCUUAUGUGGAGCAACUCCACUUUGGAGAUAUCCAAGACGAUGACUUGCAGAACUCAAUAGAACUUGACUCUCUCUAUGGAGGUAUGUCUAUGAAAAUUGUAUCUCAGCUAUGAGU